GCGCACGAAUGUGCAGUCAACUAUCUAGUACAUGCACACACGCAACUAUCUAGUACAUGCACACACGCAUACCGCCGAGUCGGACGUGUGUAUAGCAAACAUGACAACACACACUUACAGCACACACACUUGCAACACACGGUGUCACGCACUUGUAUACACACAGAGACAAGUAUAUGCACAAAGUUUAACUCACACCGCCGUGUGUUUAUAUGACCUUAGGUACAGAGCAAGGUGAUGCUGUUGCACAGAACAAGCUCGGCAUUUGCUGCGAGAAUGGCGAAGGCGUCACAUCCGAUCUCGAGCAGGCUGCCAAGUGGUAUCGCCUCUCGGCCGAGCAAGGGAAUUCCGAUGCUCAGUUCAAUCUCGGUUACCUAUUCUUCCACGGAAGGGGAGUCCCCAAGGAUCCCGUCGAGGCGGUUAAAUGGUACCGCAAGGCAGCUGAUCAGGGCUACGCGAGGGCGCAAACCAAUCUAGGGUACUGCUACGAGCACGGCGCGGGUCUGCCGAAGGACGAGGUGGAGGCCGUGAAGUGGUACAGAAAGGCGGCGGAACAGGGCUACGCACAGGCGCAGCAUAAUAUGGGCUGGUGCUGCAUCAAGGGCAUCGGAAUCGCACAAGACUACGCCGAAGCGGCCAGAUGGUACCAGAAGGCGGCUGAGCAAAACUUCCCUGAUGCGCAGUGCAACUACGGCAUGUGUUAUCGGGACGGGCAGGGAGUGCCAAAGGACCUCGGCAAAGCCGAGGAGUGGUUCCGAAAGAGUGCGGAACAAGGAUUCAAGGGAGCGCAGAGGAACCUCGGCUUCCUGCUGCAUGAUAAGGCAAAAGCAACUAGCGAUGAGAAUAUAGCCGUAGAAUCCGUGGACUGGCUUCGGAAGGCGGCAGAGCAAGGAGAUUCCCUGGCCCAGAACAAGCUUGGGGCUUGUUGUGGCAAUGGGGAGGGGGUUGCAAAGGACGAGCGGCAGGCGGCAGAAUGGUAUCGAAAGGCGGCUCUGCAAGGCAAUGCCGAGACUCAGUGUAACUUAGGAUACCUCUACUUCCACGGGAAGGGCGUUCCACAGGAUCGGGAAGAGGCAGUAAGAUGGUACAAAAUGGCGGCGGCGCAGGGCGAUGCGAGGGCGCAAACCCACCUCGGCUACUGCCAUGAGCGGGGCGCAGGGGUCGAGAAGAACGAGGUAGAGGCCGUCAAGUGGUACAGCCUGGCGGCGGAGCAGGGCUAUGUUCAAGCUCAGCAUAACCUGGGAUGGUGUUACGAGAAGGGGAUCGGAGUCGUGAAGAGCGCCGCGGACGCAUACUCGUGGUACUAUAAGGCCGCCAUACAAGGGUUUGCGGACUCGCAGAGCAAUCUCGGAAUGUGUUACCGUGACGGGCUGGGAGUGGAAAAGGAUCUGGUCCAAGCCGAAGAAUGGUUCCGCCGAGGCGCCGAGCAAGGGCUGAAGGGCUGUCUCUUAUACACAUCUAGAUGUGUAGAUCCUGAAAACUUUCGUCGUUUGGCAGCAACUCCAGGAGGAGAUGAGAUUGUCAUGUCUCAGGCAGUGAAAUGGCUGCAGAAGGCGGCAGAGCAAGGCGAUGCCUUGGCGCAGAAUCAGUUGGGUGUGUGUUAUGCCAAGGGGGAGGGGGUUCCCUCGAGGGACGAGCUCAAGGCCGCCGAGUGGUACAAGAAAUCAGCUGCGCAGGGCAAUCCGGACGCACAGUGUAACCUUGGGUACCUCCACUUCCAUGGGAUCGGUAUGAAGAAGAACGAAGUCGAGGGUGUGGAGUGGUACAGGCUGGCUGCUGAUCAGGAUCAUCCUCGAGCGCAGACCCACUUGGGCUACUGCUACGAAAAGGGGGCCGGCGUGCCUAAGGACCCCGGCCUAGCGGCUUCCUGGUACCAAAAGGCAGCAGAUAAGGGGUAUCCGCAGGCGCAACAUAACCUUGCCUGGUGCUAUGAGAAGGGAAUUGGUGUGCCCGUUGAUUAUGAGAUGGCGGUUUCCUGCUACAUGAAGGGAGCAAUGCAAGGCUUCGCUGAUUCGCAAAGCAACCUCGGAAUGUCGUAUCGCGAUGGACAGGGAGUGGAGAAGGAUCUGCAGAAGGCAGAAGAAUGGUUCCAGAAAGGUGCCGAACAGGGUCUGCGGGGUGCACAGCGCAAUCUUGGAUUCCUUCUGUACGAUAAGGCCAAAACAUCAGGCAAUGAGAGUGUGCUAGCCCAGUCAGUGCAGUGGCUACAGAAGGCUGCAGAGCAGGGAGACUCGCUUGCACAGAAUCGACUCGGGACGUGCUACUCGAGGGGGGAAGGAGUUCCCAAGGACGAUGUGCAAGCUGCAGAUUGGUACCGCAAAGCUGCAUCGCAGGGGAAUUCGGAUGCGCAGUGUAACUUGGGGUAUUUGUAUUCGCAUGGCAUCGGCGUGCCAAGGAACGAACCAGAGGGAGUGAAGUGGUACAAGAAGGCAGCUGAACAGGGCGAUGCGAGGGCGCAGGCACAUCUCGGAUACUGCUACGAGCGAGGGGUCGGAAUCGCAAAGGACGAAGUGCAAGCAGUGAAGUGGUACCGUAAAUCUGCGGAUCAGGAUUACGUUCAGGCCUUGCACAACAUGGGGUGGUGCUACGAGCGAGGGAUCGGUGUUCCUCAGGACUAUGCUGAGGCUGUGAAGUUCUACCAGAAAGCGGCCGUACAGGGAUUUGCCGACUCCCAGAGCAACCUAGGGACCUGCUUCAGGGAUGGCCUUGGAACUCAGAAGGACUUGGCGAAGGCCGAAGACUGGUUCAGGAAGGCUGCUGACCAAGGCCUCAAAGGCGCUCGCCGAAAUCUUGGUUUCUUGCUUUAUGACAAAGCCAAGGCAUUGAGAAAUGCCAAUAUCUUGAAGGAGUCUGUGGAGUGGUUGCGAAAGGCAGCUGAUCAGGGCGACGCUCUAGCGCAGAACAAGCUCGGAGUCUGCUAUGCGAAGGACGAGGGUGUCCCGAAGGAUGAGGUCAAGGCAGCUGAAUGGUAUCACAAGGCGGCUGAUCAGGGGAACUCGAAUGCCCAGUGGAACCUGGGAGUUCUCUACUUGGAAGGUAAAGGAGUGCCGAAGGACGUCAUGCAAGCAGUCCAAUGGUUCCAGCGAUCGGCUGCACAAAACGAUCCGAGGGCGCAGACGCACCUUGCGUACUGUUACGAGCGUGGAGUCGGGCUGGAGAGGGACGAGACACAGGCCGCUGCGUGGUACGCUAAGGCAGCAGAGCAGGGUUACGCUUACGGGCAACACAACCUUGGGUGGUGCUUUGAGCAUGGCGCAGGCGUCCAGAAGAACCUUACGGAGGCUGCGAAAUGGUAUGCCAAGGCCGCAAGUCAAGGCUUCGCAAGCUCGCAGUGCAAUCUGGGAAUAUGCUUCAGAGAUGGAAAGGGAGUGCCUGUGGAUAUUGGCAAAGCAGAGAUGUGGUUCCGCAAAGGUGCUGAGCAGGGGCACAAGGGUGCACAGCGUAAUCUUGGUCUUUUGUUGUAUGACAAGUCGAAAGAUAUGAUUGAAGGAGUACGGCCCGACGACUUCUCUAUGGAGCAGGCUGUGGAGUGGCUGCAGAAGGCGUCGGACCAGGGAGAUGCUCUCGCACAGAGUCGGCUGGGUAUCUGCUAUGCGAGGGGAGAGGGAGUGGCGAAGGACGAGGCAAAGGCUGCCGAGUGGUACCAGAAGAGUGCCGUUCAAGGGAACGCGAAUGCGCAGUGGAACCUUGGGUGCCUGUACUACGAGGGCAAGGGCGUCGCCAAGGACCUCGUCGAAGCGGUCAAAUGGCACCAGCUUGCGGCAAACCAGGGCGAUGCGAGAGCACAGAACCACCUCGGACACUGCUACGAGAACGGAGAGGGCAUUCAGAAGAACGAGACGGAGGCGACCAAGUGGUACCUCAAGGCAGCCGAACAAGGAUUGCCAAUGGCACAACACAAUUUGGGAUGGUGCUUCGAGCGUGGUGUCGGUGUCGAGAAAGAUCUCAGCGAAGCAGUGAAGUGGUACGAGAAGGCGGCCGAACAGGGCCACUCAGAUGCGCAGCAUCACCUCGCUCUCUGCUAUCGGGACGCCAAGGGCGUUGCCAAGAACUACGACAGGGCGGAGGAAUGGUUUCACAAGGCGGCGGAGCAGGGACACAAAAGCGCACAGCGGAAUCUUGGACUGCUGCUUUACGAGAAAGCCAAGCUGUGAAAAAACGCGCAACAGGUGCACCCACAACACACAUUGUUUUCCUCUCUCAUCUUGUUCGUUCGCCCAUCUCUCGCCGAUCGUCCACCCCAUCAUACGCCGUCGUAUCGUCAAGCCUUUGUCGUGUCGUCAAUGAAAGAAAAACGUGUAUCGCUGAUCUCUUUUCACUGACCCAUAACUGUUACUUACUGUCAAACUUUCAGUCAGCUGUUGCUCACAUUUUAUCAAGCAACUGUUUUCUGAACCUUUUUACAAGUGGCGGCUUGUACAACUGCCACCUGUCGACUUGUGAGGACCCUCACAAUACUCGGCACCUUAUCGUUGCAGUGUCCGUUCCACACGACGUGUUCAUUGCUUUCCUUGUACUUGUCGUCAAUUGUUGAUGUUCGCGUGUCGCUUGGUUAGCACCAUAGCUGCAGCGCAUCUUGAUACACCCCCGUCACGCUCAUGCAGCGCAGGUGCGCUUGCACAUCGUGUAUGAGCUCACCGCGCACAGCACAGCACCGUGCACAGCGCACCGCACCGCAGGGCACACCGUACUGGUGCGCCGCAGGUAUGGUUAACACCAUAUAUCGAGUGCAUCGCAGCUGUCAUCGUCAUCGUCGUACUGUCUGAUGACCGAUGGUAGCGGUGCAUGAGAGAUUCUAUAGUGGAUACAAAUCAUAGUUUAAUUGCUUGGCAUUGGGAGUGGGCUGUGUGAGUCGUCUGAUGGACAACCUCCAUAUGCGAGAUUGUCGGCGAGUAGAUAAUUUAGAUCGAUUGGUGUUUGGGAAUGGACUGCGUUAAAGGACCACUACCUUUGCCCAUACGUCGGCCUCGGGCGAGGCCCUGCGAGUUUCAGAGGCCGCGGUAAUGAAGUAAAGUCUGCCGACGAAAUUGAUCAACGGCGGCCUAUUGGCGGCCCGGUCCCCCAAAAAUGCGGUCUAGGCUAUAUUCCCACUUGGGACUCCAGCCGGAAAGGUAGUGGCGGUUUAACUGGUUUGACGGAAGAAACUUCCUCUUUGCGGAUGAGCUGACGAGGGCAGUGUUUUUGAUUGAUGGAGGAGUUCAAAACUGAAUUUUAAGAUGCGCGCAACGGAGGCACCUGCUCGUGAAGCGAAGGUUGAGUGUGGGAUGAUGACAAGUCUCCAACCACCCCAACCGGGGGGGGGGGAAGGGGGGGAGGGGGCUCUGAGAGGCUCAGUUUUCCUAGAAUGGGACGACAAUAGGCCUGGGUUUUUCCCUUGCUGGACUGCGAGAAACCGCCACGAUACCGCGCCGGAGGUUGUUAUGCUCGGCAGGCCAGGCGUGGAGAUGGUGGGGGCUUGGAUUAGACGCGUUUUUGAAGUUGAUUUUUCCUUCUCAUGGCUUUCCAUGAUAUUUAGUACGUAGCAUUUUCACCUCAGAGUCUUGGUUUGUUUUGCUUUCUACUGUUGUAGAGGAAUUGCAUCCGCAAGUUGUGGCUUCCAAAUCGUAAAAGAUGUAGAGUCCUUUUUGUUGCAAAAAAGGAGGAGAGGGAAGGGGGAGGGCGCAAGGGGAAGGGAGGGAUGGUAGUUGGGUAGAUUGAUGAAACUUGGCCUGGUAGGUGCACAUAACUGAGGAUUGGCGUUUGGAUAGAUAAGAAAUGGGCAGUGAAAUAGACUGAUAGAUGAUUAGAUAAUAGGAAACAGGAAUGCCAUAAGGGACACAGUCAGGUAGAUGCUUUGUGGCUGCUUGUGUGAUUGUGUGCGCAAGAGAGCGAG